UUAUUCCAAAAAAUUAAUUUUAAAAUUAAAAAAAUUCUCCAGCUUCUGCCUCCCAAAAAUAUGGCUGCCACAACAGCUAACAAUACAAUUAAUCUCUCAUCAAAUUCGCAUCAUUCAACCUCUUCCCCUUCCAGACCUUUAAUUGCAACUUCAACUUCUUCUUCUCGUCGAGGAAUUUCCUCUCCUCCCUCGUUACUUAAUGCCCGUUUAUUUGCACGUUUUUCUACAAGUGCAAUUUAUGGAAAUCAUCAACAAAAUCAAGAACAAAAAAUGGCGGAGCUUAGAGCGGCAUAUGCUUCUCCUCAAAUACAAAACCCUCUUACAAAUGGGUGGGUCUGA